UUGACAAAACCCCGGAUAGACACGGAGAAAUUUCCCUUCCAACGCCGGUCAUGCCGCUUUAUUCUCUGUUUUAAACUUUAACAAACCAAAACUCCUCCAUCAACCAAGCUUCAAGCCUUCAACACACACACAUACUCUCUCUCUCUCUCAUAUUCGCUCUCCAGCACCAGUAAAAAUGUCAACAUUUGAUGAAUUCAGACCACUUGACGAGAAAUCACUCGUGGAAUACAUUAAAGCAACCCCUUCUCUCUCCUCUUUACUUGGUGUCUCCGACGAUUUGCAGAUCAAAGAAGUCGGCGAUGGCAACCUUAACUUUGUCUAUAUCAUUGUCUCUCCUUAUACUUCUGUUGUCAUCAAGCAGGCUCUUCCUUACAUACGUUGCAUAGGGGAAUCAUGGCCAAUGACUAAAGAACGUGCAUAUUUUGAGGCGACGACAUUAAAGAAACAUGGUAGUUUGUGUCCUGCUCAUGUUCCAGAGGUUUAUCAUUUUGAUCGUAUGAUGUCUUUAAUUGGCAUGCGUUAUCUGGAACCUCCACACAUUAUCCUUAGGAAAGGUUUGAUUGCUGGAGCUGAAUAUCCAUUGCUUGCUGAACACAUGGCAGAAUAUAUGUCAAGGACUUUGUUCUACACCUCUCUUCUUUAUACUACCACAACGGAGCAUAAACGUGCAGUUGCUGAAUUUUGUGGAAAUGUGGAGUUGUGCCGGCUUACUGAGCAAGUUGUAUUCUCUGAUCCCUAUAGAGUAUCUGAAUAUAAUCGUUGGACCUCUCCUCACCUUGAUCAUGAUGCUGAGGCAGUUCGUGAGGACAAUGUCCUGAAGCUUGAAGUAGCUCAAUUGAAAUCAAUGUUCUGUGAAAGGGCUCAAGCCCUUAUUCAUGGAGAUCUCCACACCGGUUCUGUCAUGGUUACGCAGGAUUCAACUCAAGUGAUUGAUCCAGAAUUUGCCUUCUAUGGGCCAAUGGGAUUUGACAUAGGAGCCUUUCUUGGGAAUCUUAUUUUAGCCUUCUUUGCUCAAGAUGGACAUGCAAAUCAAGAAAACGACCGAAAGACUUACAAGAAAUGGAUCCUCAAGAUCUUCGGAGAGACUUGGAAUCUUUUCCACAAAAAAUUUAUCACACUGUGGAAUGAAAAUAAGGAUGGUCCCGGUGAGGCAUAUCUUCCACAUAUCUAUAACAACCCUGAUGUUUGGCAACUCAUACAGACAAACUAUAUGCGAGAUCUGUUCCAUGAUUCCCUUGGAUUCGGGUCUGCGAAAAUGAUUAGGAGAAUUGUCGGAGUGGCACAUGUUGAGGACUUUGAAUCAAUAGCAGAUGCUGCUAAACGAGCUGAUUGUGAGAGAAAAGCACUCAAUUUUGCGAAAAUGCUCAUGAAAGAAAGGAGGAAGUUUGUAUCUAUUGAGGAUGUAGUUUCGGCCAUAGAACAAGUUGAUUUAUAAGGUUCUCUUAUGCACAGAUUACAUUACUCGGCAGAUUUUCUUAGAGUAGUUUGGGGAAUUAUUGAUAGCUUCCCCUGAGAUUAUGAUCUACGAGUGUGUUGAUUGUAAUACAUCGUGUAGAAGAAACAUUACAUCUAGACUCUAUUGAACUAAUAAUCUUUUCUUGAGCUCGAUGCAAAAUAGGCGGACUGGAUGUAUACGACCUUGUCAAAUAAGUUCACGAUAUUUAUAGAGUUUAUUUUUGUA